UUCAACCUGUCAAAAAGCAUAUAUAUAAAUAUCUCAACUGCCAGCAUGCUUCCAAUUUAUAUCCAAACAGUUCUGAUAAACUAAACGGCCUCAGGCCACACAGAAAGUCCUAGGGCAAUUCAUCAGAGCAACUAAUUCAAGAAUAUACAGCAGAACAAUUUGAUUUCAAAAGAAAAUUCUAUAAAAGAGGGAGAGUGUAGCGGAAUGUGGAAUCUGCCCGGUGGUGGCGCUCUGGUGCACAUCUAUUGUCUGGGGGCCCCAAACAUUCAAAAAUGUGAGUGGACAAAAAUAAAGGUUUAGAAAAUAGCAUAUGAACAUACUAACCCCACUGUAAAAAUAGUUAUGCAAAACUAAAUUAUCCUCUUAAUUAUAUUCGUACUGAAAUCAAUGCAUUCAUAUAUUUAUAUACGUAUAUGUCAAUCAUACUCAUGGUCGGUAAAACUCUCUUAAAAGCAUUGAAAUCAAUUUAAAACUACCACCUAGGUGCACCCCUUUAUUUCCGUCAAUUCCUGAUAUCCGUCAAUUCCUUAUAUGCUGUCAAUUCCUCAUGUCACAAUUUGUGACACAUUCUCGCAGGUCUCGAUAAUACAAGGUCAACCCGAGCCGUAAUCUCGAAGGAUUCAGGAGACCUUUAGUCAACCUGAUCCGCAUUCCUCUCUCCCACGGCACGCUAACUAAACCGAAGUUUCAGACGUUGUUCUGCAUUGAUUUCCAGACUAAAGUUUGCAGCUAUGCCUUCUCCUGGUUUGCAAACAAAUUCUGAUUCUAUCCAGAGUCAUGAUGCAGAUCAUGAAAAGUAUGCUGAUGUGAACUGGGAUGAACUUGAAUUUGGAUUAGUUCCAACUGAUUACAUGUACACCAUGAAGUGUUCCAAAGGAGAUGAGUUUUCACAAGGCCAUCUAACUCCCUAUGGAAACAUUGAGCUCAGCCCAUCUGCUGGAGUUUUGAAUUAUGGACAGGGCUUAUUCGAAGGCCUUAAGGCGAACAGGACAGAAGAUGGUCGGUUUCUGCUGUUUCGGCCUGAAGAGAAUGCUCUAAGAAUGAAGAUGGGAGCAGAGAGAAUGUGCAUGCCAUCUCCAUCUCCUUGGCAAUUCCUUGAUGCUGUAAAGCAAACAGUCCUUGCCAAUAAGCGUUGGGUACCCCCUACAGGGAAAGGAACACUGUAUCUUAGGCCGUUGCUCAUUGGAAGUGGAUCUGUUCUUGGCGUGGGGCCAGCGCCAGAAUACACAUUCCUAAUAUUUGCUUCUCCUGUAGGUAGUUAUCACAAGGGCCUGGCAGCACUCAACUUGUACGUUGAGGAUAAACUCCAUCGAGCUACUCCCGGUGGAACUGGAGGUGUCAAAUCCAUCACCAACUACUCACCUGUAUACCUAGCACAGAACCAAGCAAGGGCCAAAGGGUUCUCUGAUGUCUUGUUCCUGGAUUCUUUAACUGGAAAAAACAUUGAGGAGAUUACAGCAUGUAAUAUUUUCAUUCUGAAGGGUAAUGUUAUUUCAACUCCAACAAUACAUGGAACUGUUCUGCCCGGAAUUACUCGUAAAAGCAUCAUCGACAUUGCCCGUGAUUUUGGCUACCAGGUGGAGGAACGUGUUAUCCCAGUGGAGGAUUUGCUUGAAGCUGACGAAGCUUUCUGCACAGGAACUGCUGUGGUUGUGACCCCAAUUGGUGCUGUAACUUAUCAAGAUAAAAGGGUUGAAUACAAGACAGGAAAAGGAGCACUAUCUCAGAAACUGUAUGAAACGAUAACCGGAAUUCAAACAGGGCGUCUGGAAGACAAGAAGGGAUGGACCAUGGAGAUCAAUUGAGCCCCUCCUUGUGCCAAAUCCUACAAGUUUGCUCUCUUUUUUUGUUUUCUUCAGUUAAUUAGAUAGUAGUGUGUCAUUUGUUAGGGCUUUGCUCAUUGUUGUGGUAAUUCCAUCUUCCUUGGCCUCAAAACCCACAGAGGCAAACAAAGAUGCUCUACUUAAGAUGACUUAGAUGGUUAGGUUUCUAUGAGUUUUGAGAGACAAAUAUUUGUUUUGGCCUGUGCUCUUAUUCGAACGAAUAUCUGCAGAGUAGAGCUAUUUGAGGGAAAACACCACGGUUCAGAAUUCAGAUGAUGAGUAGUUUGAGGGUGAUGCAA